CAUCACUACUCUCGGUCCUGGAACAAGUAUGACGAAGCUCGGCACCCUCCCCAGUGGUUGUUUCCCUGCUGUAACUGCGGUGUCGAACGAUGGAUCUUUCAUCAUACGAGUCCCACAAAAUCUCGGCCUGGUUUGGUACGAGAACAUGGCACUCUUACGUUUUUCAGGCGAGCCUUCCUCUCCCCAAUCUCACUCCGAUCUAUCUAUCCCUCAACGCUACACAAUUCGAUUCUCUCCAGGGAGCCGGUAUGUCGGCGCUUACGACACAAACCAUGCGUUUGUCUGGUCAACCGGUUCACACAAGUGGAUUGCUCAAUAUCGCGUGCAAAUUUUCAGGACUUGGAUUUUCAACACUGGCCUUGAACCCCCUUGCCUGCAUGACAUCCCUAUGCCUGUACUUUGUAACCCCGCCCUGCCUUUGGUUCCAGAAGAUGGUGCAACUCAUCCACCAAGUACCGGGCCAGAUUUAGGGCAUGAUGCGGAUGAAUCCUGGUUGAAGCACCCUUUCUACGACCUCUCACCAAGCGUAGGCGGUAGCAAAUACUCCGUUAUUGACAUCUAUUCCUCCGCAAUGGGAAGGAUCCCAUUAACUGAUACCUUCCAAUGCAUUUGGUUCAAUGGGGAAGACGAACUUAGGAUUCCAUACGACUACGCCCCGACCGUACGGUCCAGAAAUUCUUUCAGCGAGAAAGAAGCCUGGUACGGUGAUCUGAUGCUCAAGGAUGAUGGUAGGAGAGAUUCAGACAGCAUAUAUUUUCCUCGGGCGAGCAAGAAUGGAACUCGAUUUCUGCUCCAGGGCAAGCUGAAAGCCCCAGUGGUCGUCGAUAUUAGCCAAAUCGUUUAGUCAUCCAGUACACGUCCAAUCAUUUUUCUAGUUCCUCCACCACUGUUUUCACUUUUCGAUGCAUUGGAUCGGGACUUAUUGUACGUUUAAUAUUGAUGUCAUUUACUAGCUUCUAGCAUCCUGUUUGUGAAACGAACGGAACA